AUGGGGCCUCAGAAGACCUUCCUGAUCUUCGCCUCAGGUUUGCUCUUCAUCAUACUGAUCCUGGUGGCCAUUGGCGUCUCAGGCUCCUUAGAGGCGGACUUCCAUGGCUGGACCGUCUGUUGGUUCUCCGGACCCUUCUAUCAGAUUUCCAACUUCCUGUUCUUCUACGCCGGGAUCUUGCACGACGUGGCCUUCAUCCGCAGCGCUGUGGUCGUGGCGAAUCUCUUCAUCGCGGCCUUUCUGCUCUUCGGCACCCCGACGUGGCCAGCACUGUGGAAGUCGCAGCUCGCGUGCUUCCGGGUGGACACGGUGAUGUGGAUGGUGCUUUGCGUCUUUGUGAAUGCGGUGCCCAUGUUCAGACAGCUGAAGUUCGAUGACUCCAAGGUCACCUUUUCCGUGGACAAGAGCCUGGAGCCUUUUGCGGAAGCCGUUUGGCGCGAGUGGUGGCGCCGCUCGGGCAUUCCGCGCCAGGACUUCAAGGAC